GCGGCAGGAGAGCCUUUCCGUACCUGUGUCUCCACAGAGUGUCUCUGUAGCCAGAGGGCCUAAUGGGGUGUUGUAUGGUUGGAGCCGGCUGGCUGUGGGAACCCCUUUUGGUCCUUAGGGAGAACCGGGGCUUGGGAAGGCUGCACUGAACCUACAGAUACAGGCCCUGGGGAAGUUCUUCCGCAUCUGGAAAGGCCUGGAAAUGAAGAGGGCUGGGUUUCAGCAUCCAUGUCAUGGUUUAGUGGCCUCCUGGUUCCCAAAGUGGAUGAACGGAAAACAGCUUGGGGGGAACGCAAUGGGCAGAAGCGCCCACGCCACGCGACUCGAGCCAGUGACUUCUGCGCACCCCGCUACAUGAGCUGCCUCAAGAAUGCGGAGCCACCCAGCCCCACUCCCGGGGCUCACCCUCGGUGCCCCUGGCAGGAUGAAGCCUUCAUCAGGCGGGCGGCCCCGGGCAGGGGUAUGGAGCUGGGGCUGCGGUCAGUGGCCUUGGGGUUUGAUGACACCGAGGGGACCACACCGAUGGGGACAGCCGAAGUGGCACCCGAUACAUCGCCCCGGAGCGGCCCGUCCUGCUGGCACCGGCUAGUGCAGGUGUUCCGGUCUAAGCAGUUCCGCUCGGCCAAGCUGGAGCGCCUGUACCAGCGGUACUUCUUCCAGAUGAACCAGAGCAGCCUCACGCUGCUCAUGGCGGCGCUGGUGCUGCUCAUGGCUGUACUGUUGACCUUCCACGCCGCGCCUGCCCAGCCACAGCCUGCUUACGUGGCUCUGCUGACCUGUGCUUCCAUCCUUUUUGUGGUACUCAUGGUGGUGUGUAACCGACAUAGCUUCCGCCAGGACUCCAUGUGGGUGGUGAGCUACGUGGUUCUGGGCAUCCUAGCAGCCGUGCAAGUAGGAGGCGCCCUGGCAGCCAACCCCCACAGCCCCUCGGCAGGCCUUUGGUGCCCCGUGUUCUUUGUCUACAUCACCUACACGCUUCUUCCCAUUCGCAUGCGAGCCGCAGUGCUCAGCGCCCUGGGCCUUUCCACCCUGCAUUUGAUUCUGGCCUGGCAGCUCAACAGCGGUGACCCCUUCCUUUGGAAGCAGCUCGGUGCUAAUGUGGUGCUCUUCCUCUGCACCAAUGCCAUCGGUGUCUGCACACACUACCCGGCUGAAGUGUCUCAGCGCCAGGCCUUUCAGGAGACCCGAGGCUACAUCCAGGCAAGGCUGCACCUACAGCACGAGAAUCGCCAGCAGGAACGGCUGCUGCUCUCGGUGUUGCCCCAGCAUGUUGCCAUGGAGAUGAAAGAAGACAUCAACACAAAAAAAGAAGACAUGAUGUUCCAUAAGAUCUACAUCCAGAAGCAUGACAAUGUCAGCAUCCUGUUUGCGGACAUCGAGGGCUUCACCAGCCUGGCCUCCCAGUGCACCGCGCAGGAACUGGUCAUGACCUUGAAUGAGCUCUUCGCCCGGUUUGACAAGCUAGCUGCGGAGAAUCACUGUUUGAGGAUCAAGAUCUUAGGAGACUGUUACUACUGUGUGUCAGGGCUGCCCGAGGCCCGGGCAGACCAUGCCCACUGCUGUGUGGAGAUGGGGGUAGACAUGAUCGAGGCCAUCUCGCUGGUGCGUGAGGUAACAGGCGUGAACGUGAACAUGCGUGUGGGCAUCCACAGCGGACGUGUGCACUGCGGUGUCCUUGGCCUGCGGAAAUGGCAGUUCGAUGUCUGGUCCAACGAUGUGACCCUGGCCAACCACAUGGAGGCCGGGGGCCGGGCCGGCCGCAUCCACAUCACUCGGGCUACCCUGCAGUACCUGAAUGGCGACUAUGAGGUGGAGCCGGGCCGUGGGGGUGAGCGCAACGCGUACCUCAAGGAGCAGUGCAUUGAGACCUUCCUCAUACUAGGCGCCAGCCAGAAACGGAAAGAGGAGAAGGCUAUGCUGGCCAAGCUGCAGCGGACGCGGGCCAACUCCAUGGAGGGACUGAUGCCGCGCUGGGUUCCUGACCGCGCCUUCUCCCGAACCAAGGACUCGAAGGCAUUCCGCCAGAUGGGCAUCGAUGACUCUAGCAAAGAGAACCGGGGUGCCCAAGAUGCUCUGAACCCUGAAGACGAGGUGGAUGAGUUCCUGGGCCGAGCCAUCGACGCCCGCAGCAUUGACCAACUGCGUAAGGACCAUGUGCGCCGGUUCCUGCUCACCUUCCAGAGAGAGGACCUUGAGAAGAAGUAUUCACGGAAAGUUGAUCCUCGCUUUGGAGCCUAUGUCGCCUGCGCCCUCCUGGUUUUUUGCUUCAUUUGUUUUAUCCAGCUCCUCGUAUUCCCACACUCUACCCUGAUACUCGGGAUUUAUGCCGGUAUCUUCCUGCUGUUGCUGGUCACUGUGCUGAUCUGCGCCGUGUGCUCCUGUGGUUCUUUCUUCCCCAAGGCCCUGCAACGCCUGUCCCGCAGUAUCGUCCGCUCGCGGGCACACAGCACAGCUGUUGGAAUCUUCUCCGUUCUGCUUGUGUUCAUCUCCGCCAUCGCCAGCAUGUUCGCCUGUAAUCACACCCCAAUAAGGACCUGUGCGGCCCGGAUGCUGAACUUAACACCAGCGGAUGUCACCGCCUGCCACCUACAACAGCUCAAUUACUCUCUGGGACUGGAUGCUCCCCUGUGUGAGGGCACCGCACCCACCUGCAGCUUCCCUGAGUACUUCAUCGGGAGUGUGUUGCUGAGUCUCCUGGCCAGCUCUGUCUUCCUACACAUCAGCAGCAUUGGCAAGCUGGCUAUGACCUUUGUCUUGGGGUUCAUCUACUUGGUGCUGCUUUUGCUGGGUCCCCCAGCCGCCAUCUUUGACAACUAUGAUCUACUGCUUGGUGUCCAUGGCUUGGCUUCCUCCAAUGAGACCUUUGAUGGCCAGGACUGCCCAGCCGUAGGGAGGGUAGCGCUCAAAUAUAUGACCCCUGUGAUUCUGCUGGUGUUUGCCCUGGCGCUGUAUCUACACGCACAGCAGGUAGAAUCGACUGCCCGCUUGGACUUCCUGUGGAAACUACAGGCCACAGGGGAGAAGGAGGAGAUGGAGGAGCUGCAGGCGUACAACCGGCGGUUGCUGCACAACAUUCUUCCCAAGGACGUGGCUGCCCACUUCCUGGCCCGCGAGCGCCGCAAUGAUGAGCUGUAUUACCAGUCCUGCGAGUGUGUGGCUGUCAUGUUCGCCUCCAUUGCCAACUUCUCCGAGUUCUAUGUGGAGCUCGAGGCCAACAACGAGGGCGUGGAGUGCCUGCGGCUGCUCAACGAGAUCAUCGCGGACUUUGACGAGAUCAUCAGUGAGGAGAGGUUCCGGCAGCUGGAGAAGAUCAAGACAAUCGGUAGCACCUACAUGGCCGCCUCUGGGCUAAACGCCAGCACCUAUGACCAGGUCGGCCGCUCGCACAUUACCGCCCUGGCCGACUACGCCAUGCGGCUCAUGGAGCAGAUGAAGCACAUCAAUGAACACUCUUUCAACAAUUUCCAGAUGAAGAUUGGGUUGAACAUGGGUCCGGUUGUAGCAGGCGUCAUUGGGGCCCGGAAGCCGCAGUAUGACAUCUGGGGAAACACCGUGAAUGUUUCCAGUCGUAUGGACAGCACAGGAGUUCCUGACCGAAUACAGGUGACCACCGACCUGUACCAGGUUCUAGCUGCCAAAGGCUACCAACUGGAGUGUCGAGGGGUGGUCAAGGUGAAGGGGAAGGGAGAGAUGACCACCUACUUCCUCAAUGGGGGCCCCAGCAGUUAGCAGAGCGCAGCAGCUGAGAUUCAACCCAAGGGACCAAGGUGGGCAUUGAGUGGACUUCCUGCUCGCUGGGUGGAGCUGUGGCGGGGGCACUGAGCCUCCAGAUCUUGCUGACAGUAAAAGGGAACACUCCAGCAGGCUGUGCUUGGACCAUGUCCGCCUGCUUUCAGAAUGGUGAAGGAGAGGACGCUGAGAGGAUUAUCCGAGUGACUUUCUUAAUUGGAGUUGGGCUGGUCUCCAUUUGCAUCUUUUUUUUUUUUUUUUUUUUUUUGACACAGCUGAGAGAGCAGCUGCAGAGGCUGGGGAGCCUCCUGUUUGAGAGUAAAACAGCACUCACUCUGCCUGCUGUUACCCUGUUUGGGCAACAGGCUCAGGGCUAGGUCCUUUCUUUCCCUAUUUUUCCUGGGACUACUUUUGUACAAAGACUGCGGCAGACGUGAAGAGCUGAAGAGCACUUGCCUUUGCUUGCCUGAGUCUGCAGCGCUGGUCUCGGGCAUUCCCAGAAGCAGCGAGUCUCCUUCCUAGGCGCAAGGCAGAGGAAGGAGGUUCUGCGGGACCUAGCUCUGACCACAUAUCAGGGGAAUGUCUCCAUUUGCCAAAUCCUAGUCCCGUGAUCUGUCCCCAAAGGGGAACAAAGGGACCUCUGACAGUGAAGAUUUAGCCCCAAUUCCUGCUCCAGGGAAAGGGGCAUCUGGCCUCACUGGUACUGUGAAAAUGACCUGCCAGCGAGCAAGCCUGUGUGUGAGGUCAUCAGAAGAACAGGAACUGGACGGUCACCUGCAGGCGCCAAAGAAUGCAGGCAGCCAGGGAGGAGGAGGAGGAGAAGGAGGAGGAGGCGGCACUGACCUGAGGUCUCAGUGUGCCCACACGCUCACUUGCUGUCUGCUGCCAGGGGGCUGUGGAGCAUCCCUACCGCUGGUAUUGCCAAAUAGCAAAGGGUCAGGGUUCCAAAAAAAGAUGACCCCCGACCCCAAACCUGGCCUCCUAAGUCUGGCACUAGGGAGGCCCUGUGUGCUUGGGUAACUCUGUGUGUGUGUGUGUGUGUGUGUGUGUGUCUGUGUGUGUCUGUGUCUGAGGUCUCCAUGUGUCCUUAGGCUCUAGCUCCUCAGCUCUCCACUGGGGACUGCCUGUCUCCUGUGGGCCUCCGUCUUCUGUUAAGGCGGGGUUUCCUAUGCCAAGUGCCAAGGGACGGAGAAGAAUGCCCAGGUUGCACAGGAGUAGGAUGGGGUUUGGUAGCAAAAUGAGAGUGAUCUGGGGAGAGGAGUCCUUUUUGUGCCAAAUCCCUAAGUGCCAUUUGGGGGCCACAAGAGCAGUAUGACUGUCCCCCUGCCUAGGCAGGGACCCAAGCACCUGCUUAAUCUCUAGUGGUUUUUGGACUUGAACUGUUGGAGGCCUGUGGGUAGAGGCCCAGGCAUUUCCUGGGUUCCUCAGCGUGUGUCAUGGGGAUAUGGUGUACUUUCUAACUGGGGCAGUGUGGGAUCCCUCUCUGAGGACCCAGAUUUUGGUACUAGGGGAUGGAGUCUAGGAACUUGGCUGUCCCAAGCCUUCAGCCUGAAUCCAGCAUGGCUAGACUCUAGCCCUGGCUCCCAAUCCUCACGAAGUCUGCAAGGGUCCCAUCCUCUGUCCUCGCCUGCCCUCGCCUGCCCUUGCCUGCCUCGUACCUUGCAGCCUCCCUGAUUCUGGUUUGGAUUAGCUGGUGCCUUGGUUUCUCUGUCUGCACCUGUUUAAGCCAGAGGCAUUGCGCCUCCAUUUUGAUUGACGAUCACUUUGUCUUAGAUGUGGACGGGAAAGGCAGGGGAGUUUCAGGAGGUCUGGAAGGGGCAGGCCACACUUUUACCACUUCCUCAAGUUUCUGCCGCCAGUUCUCUGCCAAGGCCUGGUUUCUGGCUUGGUACUGCUUUCCUGGGAAUCUCCAUGUACCAGUCGAUGGACUACUGGGCGCUUGAUUAGCCAAGGCAGAGGAGAGAAGAUUAGCUGGUCUAGGCAGAAAAUUUCCUCUGUCUCCCCCAGCCAUAUCCUGUCUCUGGAUAGGAAGGGACUACACAACGCCAUUGGGGUGGGUGUGAGGUCUAUAAGCCAAAGAAGGGAGGCCUCAGCUUUGGGUCUGCUUCUUGCCAGGGGGGAGGGGCCUGCCCACACCCUGGCUCCCGGUACCACAGUGCCAGUCAGCCACGUCCUCUGAGUUACCACUUGUCCCUCUCCUCACCCGUCGGUGGAGGAGUCAAGGUACGGGAGGCCAUGGGCUCUGGUUUUAUAAUGUAACCACUGUGGGAGUGGGGGAGGUGACGUUCCAGGUAUUUCAGUGAAAUAUUUAAUAUAUUUAAAUAUCAAUAAAAUCAAACUCUUUGUAAAA